CCGCGCCGGGACCGAGGGGCCGAUGGAGGCCGAGGGGCUGUGGGGGGCGGGCGGCCCCCCCGGCUGGGAGCUGGACGGGUGGCACCAGGACCUGCAGGAGGUGCUGGCGGCGGAGCCCCCCGGAGCUGCGCCCACCUGGGGGGCUGAGCAGGCGCCGCCGGGCCCGGGGGGCUGCGGGCUGGACGCGGCUCUGGCCGAGGAGCUGCUGGAGCUGCUGGGCCUGGAGGGCGCGGGGUCGUGGGACCCUGGGGCGGCCUCGGAGGGAACCUCUGGCCCGGGGGGCCCCGCCGAGGAGGAGGAAGAGGAGGCGGCGCGGGGGGCGCGGAGGAAGCGGCGCGGCGGGGCCGGGACCGCGCGGGAGCGGGACGGGGUGCGGGAUGGAGAGCGGCGGGUGCGGGAUGGACUGACGGCGCACAACGAGCGGCUCCGCGCCGAGAUCCAGCGGCUGAGCGCGGAGGUGCAGCGGACACGGGCCCAGCUCAUCGACCGCAUCGUCAACCUGAGACGCGUGUAGGGGCUGCCCCCCGCCCGUGGGGGCUCGGCCUGCCCCGCGUGGGGGGCUGGGACACGGACUGAGCACAUCCCAAAUCUGCCCUGGGUGUGGGAUCAGGGCACGGACUGAGUACAUCCCAAAUCUGCCCUGGCUGUGGGAUCAGGACACGGACUGAGCACAUCCCAAAUCUGCCCUGGGUGUGGGAUCAGGACACGGACUGAGCACAUCCCAAAUCUGCCCUGGGUGUGGGAUCAGGACAUGGACUGAGCACAUCCCAAAUCUGCCCUGGGUGUGGGAUCAGGGCACGGACUGAGCACAUCCCAAACCUGCCCUGGGUGUGGGAUCAGGGCAUGGACUGAGCACAUCCCAAAUCUGCCCUGGCUGUGGGAUCAGGACACGGACUGAGCACAUCCUGGACCUGCCCUGGGUGUGGGAUCAGGACAUGGACUGGGCACAUCCUGAACUUGCCCAGGUGAAGAUGCCAGCACUGUCCCACAGCUGGGGACAAGGACUCUGCUGUUUCCCUGGAUUGGGGGCAGCCCUGGACUGAGGUGGUCACAGCCCCAUGGACAGCUGGACACUGUGGGCUGGGUGGAAGUGGACCCAGAUGGACAGAACACUGUGGGGAUGGACAGGAGGAAUCUGUGGGGAUGGACAGAUGGAUGAAGAUGGACAGGAGGACACUGUGGGGAUGGACAGGAGACACUGGGGGGAUGGACAGAUGGAUGAAGAUGGACAGGAGGACACUGUGGGGAUGGACAGAUGGACGCAGCUUCCACAGCCCUUUGUACAGCUCUUGUAGUUUAUAUUAAACACACGUAACCACAA